AUGGAGACCGGACAGCGCUUCUCCCUGCCGCCCGAGAAGCCUGAGGAGCCCCGACAAGAGUUCACCUACCCUUAUGCCUCUCCUUUGGAUGAGCUCCGAGCGGCGGACAAGGUGCAAGAGGUCACGGAAGAGGACGAGAAGAAGGUGGUCGAAGAGGAGGCGAAGCCCUCGCGCGGCCGGCGUGAGAAGAAGGUGAGCUGGCCGCCCCUGAGCGAGGCUAUGGAGGGCGUGGAGGUGGUGCUCCUGGCAGGCGACCUCAAAGAGGUCCUGAAAAAGCCCAAGUACAAGGGGCUUUUCCACCGCGCAUUCGUAGGUGCCAUGGGCUGCAUGCCGCUCUUUGAGGAGAUGGGCAUCACCGCGGGCGCGGGCGGCCGGGUGCCCGGCGACUUCGCCAAGAAGCGUGAGGAGUCUGGCAUUGCCGCCUCCCUGGCCGACGGCGCGGAGAUUAUCUGUGAGACGCUGAAGUACCAGGCCCACUUCGAGGGUUCCAUGCGCCUUGGCUUCCGCCACAGGCUCGCGCAGGCAGGACAUCUCGCCGGCUGGCGGCUGCGCGACGAGCGGAGGUCCCUCCCCCGCUUGGAGAAGGACAUGCAGGAGCGCCAAUCCAGAGCGGCAGAGCGCAACGCCACCGACUUCAUGCGCUUCGUGUCCCUGCCCGGCGCGAAGCCUUCUGAGGAAAGCUGA